AACGUUAAGGCCUUAAUGGGAGUCGAAAAGACUAAAGGAUUUUGCCAGAUUGUCGUGUCUCCUAGUUUCAGAGACGGAAUAUCCUAUUUAAUUCAGUCAGCUGGUCUAGGAGGGAUGAAGCACAACACAGUCCUGAUGGCCUGGCCACAGUCAUGGAAGCAGACAGAAAAUCGUUUCUCGUGGAAAAACUUUGUUGACACUGUACGAGAAACAACAGCAGCUCAGCAAGCACUGUUGGUGGCUAAAAACAUUGACUUAUUUCCAACAAAUCAAGAACGUUUUACUGAAGGAAACAUAGAUGUGUGGUGGAUUGUUCAUGAUGGUGGUAUGCUGAUGUUACUGCCUUUUCUCCUUCGACAACACAAGGUUUGGAGAAAAUGUAAAAUGCGUAUCUUUACUGUUGCUCAAAUGGAUGAUAACAGCAUUCAAAUGAAGAAGGAUCUUCAGAUGUUCUUAUAUCAUCUUAGACUGAAUGCUGAAGUGGAAGUUGUUGAAAUGCUUGAAAACGAUAUUUCUGCGUUCACAUAUGAGAAGACACUUAUGAUGGAACAGCGAUCUCAGAUGCUAAAACAGAUGCAGCUAUCAAAGAACGAUCGAGAGGAGGAGGCUCAGCUGAUCCAUGACAGAAACACUGCCUUGCGCUCAGCUCCAGCAGUCAAAGCAAGUGUGGCUGCUGCACCAGAAAAAGUGCACAUGACCUGGACUAAAGAAAAGUUUGUGGCUGAAAAACAUAAAAACAAAGAUUCAAAUGUGUCUGGCUUUAAAGAUAUUUUCAACAUGAAGCCGAAUCAGUCAAAUGUGAGAAGAAUGCACACCGCUGUGAAGCUCAAUGGAGUAGUGCUUAAUAAAUCACAGCAUGCUCAGCUAGUUCUCCUGAAUAUGCCUGGACCUCCUAAAAACAGAAAAGGGGAUGAAAACUACAUGGAGUUUUUGGAAGUUCUGACAGAAGGUCUGGAUAGAGUCCUACUGGUCCGGGGCAGUGGACGUGAAGUGAUCACAAUUUAUUCUUAACCUGUUUGCACAUUUUGUU